AUGGCACCCUUAUCGGAAGAGAGUACUACGCAUCAUCGCGUCAGCAAAAAGCUUCAUAAGAAGCAAAAAGAUGAUCACCAGCCGACAAUGGAGCUUCCCGAACGCUUGAAAGAUCACGGCGACGAUGUAGAUGAGGAUGUUCUAUUACCUAACCAAGGCGCCCAGAUGUUUAUGAACAUGAAUCAAUCGAUAUUCGGAUUGAUUGCCGCCGCCGGCUCGAACGUAGAUUUUAACGACCGGUUCGAGGGCCAAUCGAGCGACGAAGAUGAAGAUGUUGAUCGGACCGAAAGACAGAGGAAGGGUAAGGGACGGGAACAAAUUGCGCAGACCACAGUGUUAAAAAAGCCUCCUUUGGGAAGAGAAAAGGGGGACAAGCAGCGUAGGAGAUUAUCGGGACAGCUCUUACGCUCGUUGCCUCAACUUCCGCGCCUUGCGACACGAUCUAAAUUCAAGCAAUCUAAAACCUCCGGUCUCCAACCCUCUGACUCAAGCGCAGAAGGCGAAGGUGACGGUUUAGGACCCCCAACAAUAGACUCGAGCUCGCCUAUACUUGAUGCUGCUAAAAACGACCGCGAAGAAAGACUUGCCCCAGUCAUGAGUAGGAUGCUAGAGGCGAGAGAGGAAAUGUCGUCGAGGCCAAGCUUUGACAUUGAGAGACUAUCUGGGGAUCAUCGUAGGGGCGACGGAGAAGAAGUCGGUCCCAGCCUGCUUUCUCGGCAAUUGAAACGUAUAUUCGAGUUUGACGAGCCCGAAGAAGUCAUCGAAGAAUACCCUUGUUGGUUACUACAAAGUGUCCUUCUACAGGGUUAUAUGUACAUCACUGCAAAACACAUUUGCUUUUAUGCUUACUUGCCGAAGAAAGCUCAUGAGGUUGCCAAAUCUGGAUACCUAUCGAAGAGCGGCAAAAGGAAUCCUAAAUACAGCCGUUACUGGUUUCGUUUAAAGGGAGAUGUGUUGGCAUACUAUCGCGAUCCAUCCAAUCUCUAUUUUCCCCAUGGACAGAUUGAUCUAAGCUACGCCAUCUCAGCUAGUAUCGACGAGAAAGAAAAGGAUGGCUUAUCCUUCUCCGUCGUGACACAUCACCGAACAUAUCACCUUAAAGCCGAUAGCGCCCCGAGUGCCAAAGAAUGGGUCAAGAGCUUGCAACGAGUUAUUUUUCGAUCCCACAAUGACGGCGACAGCGUCAAGAUUUCCUUGCCGAUCGAUAACGUUAUAGAUGUCGAAGAUAGCCAGAUGAUCGAAUUUGCUGACACGUGCAAAAUCCGUGUCAUCGAUAACGAUGAGACGUAUGCGAUUGACGAAUAUUUCUUCUCAUUUUUCAGCUUUAGCAAAGAGGCUAUCAACGUCCUCAAAAUCCUAGUUGAUGAUGCAUCGAAGCAAACAAAGUCAAGUUCGUCUCAGCAACAGAGCCAAGGAGGAGUCUCUCGACACAGUUCCGCGAGCCCAAAACGGAAACCCGGCCCUGCUACGCUGGAUCUCAAAUCCCAAACGAUCCGCGAAAAUGUGAGAGCGACACUGGUUCCCAUGUCGCCACACAGUCCGCGAGAACUGAGCCCUCGAGCCAGUGGUGACGUGACUCGUAGCAGCUUUGACGCAUUUCGUCAGUUCGGGCGGCGAAGCCUUGAUCUUGAUACCCUAACGCGGGAUGCGUCGCCCCGUCGAAGCUUUAGCGCUACCAGCAGGUCACUGAGCAAGCACCGUAUGCACGAUAGCACAGUGCCGCAGGACAAAUUAGAAUCCUCCGAGUCAUAUGUACAGUCUCUAGAAGACCCGAGCACUUCCGCUAUGGCGUCUUCGUCGAAUGAGGAUCCUUCUGGCAGUCAGAUCCUCCGAGGCAGCGAAGUCUUUCAUAGACCUACUCUCAGGCGCUCUAUCUCAGCCUCUCGAGCUUCGAGGCGCGACAGAUCAACCGGUACAAGCCGUUUACGUGACAAAUCAGACGAGUCAAUCGUUUUUGAUAAGCAUCGCGCCGUCACUACGGGACACGUGAAUGACCUUAGAGCUAAUGAGAAAUUUGAUCAAACGUCUGCAGCAACGCCGGGACUAAACAAAAUUGCAAAAAUGGGAGCUUAUCCGUUACAACGAGCAGGUUUAUUUGCCAACUACUUAAAUCAAACCAGCCGCCAUAUGAGUAACCUAUUAGCUACCGAGUCGAUGGGUUACGUAGAAAAAGUAUCGGGCAUGUGGAAAGGUGGCCGCAAGCAUUAUCACGAGGCCCCUGCCCUCAAACCUGAUGGCGAAUUAGACGACGACGACGGCGUCGAUAUGGAUCGAUUCCGCGCGCAUUUUGCCCUCCCGGAAACCGAGAAACUCCAGGCAACUUACUACGGCUACAUUGUCCGAGUGUUGCCGCUCUAUGGUAAGGUAUACAUAAGCGAACGGUAUUUCUGCUUCCGUAGCCUGCUACUCGGAACCCGGACCAAGUUAAUCCUGCCUCUGAAGGACAUCGAGACUGCCGAGAAGGAGAAGGGGUUUCGCUUUGGGUAUUCUGGCUUGGUAAUUGUUAUCCGUGGUCACGAAGAGAUAUUCUUUGAAUUCAACAAAGCAGAAAUACGGGAUGACUGCGCGGUUACUCUGCUACGAAGUCUCGAGACUACUCGUUAUCUCCGAGAAAUUGGCAUGCUAGAUCAGGAAGAACACGAAGAUGUGGACGAAGCGAUGGCGGAACGCGACGCGCUUCACAAAGCACGACUUCAAGGAAAUACAGAGCACGAACUAAAGCUACCCCACGAAACAUCUUGUCUCGGCGAUUCGUCGCCAACAAUUCUCUUCGACGAUCCUAGGGCAUCGUUCCUAAAUUUCAAGCCCUCCGAGCCGAUGAAGAUCACCUGCUUGACAAUCGGAUCAAGAGGAGAUGUUCAACCCUAUAUUGCGCUCUGCAAAGGAUUAAUGGCUGAGGGACAUAAGCCUCGAAUAGCAACACAUGCUGAAUUUAAGACCUGGAUCGAGGGACACGGUAUCGAGUUCGCACCGGUGGAGGGGGAUCCCAGCGAACUCAUGCGUAUUUGUAUCCAAAACGGCACAUUUACGUGGGCUUUCUUGAGAGAAGCCAACUCAAAAUUCCGAGGCUGGCUGGACGAGCUCCUCGCAUCUGCUUAUACGGCAUGCCAAGGUUCAGACCUGCUUAUCGAGAGUCCUAGCGCUAUGGCCGGGAUUCACAUCGCCGAGGCUCUAGCUAUUCCAUACUUCCGAGCUUUCACGAUGCCCUGGACCCGAACGCGCGCUUACCCUCACGCUUUCGUCAUGCCUGAGCAUAAGAUGGGUGGUGCUUACAACUACGUUACAUAUGUUAUGUUUGACAACGUAUUUUGGAAAGCGACGGCGCACCAAAUUAACCGUUGGCGAAAUAAUAUUCUUGGCUUGCCUAAUACUAAUUUGGAAAAAUUACAGCCGAACAAGGUGCCUUUCCUUUAUAACUUCUCCCCAGCCGUCGUCGCACCUCCGCUUGACUACAGCGACUGGAUCCGCGUGACAGGUUACUGGUUCUUAGACGAAGGGACCGAGUGGAGUCCACCCGAUGAUCUUAGGAACUUCAUCCAACAAGCACGCAAAGACGACAAGAAGCUGGUUUAUGUUGGUUUCGGUUCGAUAAUUGUUCCUGACCCGGCGAAGAUGACACAAGAAGUCAUCGACGCGGUAUUGAAAGCUGACGUCCGAUGCGUUCUGUCCAAGGGGUGGUCAGACCGACUUGGUAGUAAGGAUGCCGCGGUGCCUGAACAAACCCUUCCUCCCGAGAUAUUCCAGAUUAAAAGUGCGCCUCACGACUGGCUAUUUGCGCAAAUGGACGCCGCUGCUCAUCACGGCGGUUCGGGGACCACAGGCGCUAGCUUACGUGCUGGUAUUCCUACCAUUAUCCGUCCGUUCUUCGGCGAUCAAUUCUUCUUCGGAAGUCGAGUUGAGGACUUGGGCGUUGGUAUCUGCUUGAAAAAAUGGGGCGCCAACAGUUUUGCAAGGGCGCUGUGGGAGACGACGCACAGCGAAAGGAUGAUAGUCAAGGCUAGAGUAUUAGGAGAGACCAUACGCAAGGAAAAUGGUGUCGAUACGGCGAUUCAAUGUAUCUACCGCGAUCUUGAGUAUGCCAAGAGCCUGAUCAAAUCCAAAGCUGGGAAGAACGCCGCUACGGCUAGCAGCCCUGAUGGCACCAUAGCUGACGACUCGGAGGAAGAGAGUUGGACGUUUGUUGGAGGGGACGACAUAGAUCCGGAGCUUGUUGUUAAGAAAAGCGCGCUCUCUCAGAUGGAGUCCAGUAUGGGCGGAGCGACCGGGUCCACGGCGUUGGGCUCGAGGUUGCUCGGUAGUAGAGUUGGGACAAAUUCUGGGAUGAUCAGGUCUGCGUCGACUACGACGGGUUCUUAG